UAAUCAAUUUGUCAUGAUUUUAACCCCUUUGUAUCGUCUAUUUCCCUCUCUCCCUAGUGUUUUCCGAUAUGGCUUCGGCUGAUGUUGAGUACCUAUGCUUCGUCGGAGGGCUCGCUUGGGCCACCGAUGCUGGCUUCAAAGAAGCCUUCAGUGUGUAUGGCGAGAUCGUCGAAUCGAAGAUUAUCAAUGACCGUGAGACUGGAAGAUCCCGAGGCUUUGGGUUCGUUACUUUCCGUGACGAGGAAUCUAUGAGAGACGCUAUUGAAGGAAUGAACGGUCAGAAUCUUGAUGGAAGGAAAAUUACCGUCAACGAAGCCCAAUCACGCCGAAGCGGUGGAGGCGGCGGUGGAGGAUACGGAGGAGGAAGCGGAGGCUACAACAGAAGUGGAGGAGGCAGAGGAUAUGGUCGCCGUGAAGGAGGCUAUAGAGGCGGCCGCCGUGAGGGUGUAUUUGGGAAUGGUGGAGGAUAUGGCGACGGUGACGGAGGUGGAUAUGGCGGCGGUGGCGGUGGUGGAUAUGGUGAUGGUGGGUCUCGUUACUCAAGAGGAGGCGGAGCGUCUGAUGGGAGCUGGAGGAUUUAGGGUCGUAGGGUUAGCAUUUAAGUGGGCUUUGGGCUUUGCUUUGUGUUUCAAAUGUUGGUGCUAUAUGGUUGUUUCGUAACAGUUUGGGUUCUCUCGCUUUUGACCGAUGUUUAUGUGACAUAAAAAUAUGGAAUGAAGUAUACUAUCUUCUUUUCA